AAUUAUUAUUACUGAUUGGUUAAAAGAUUAGUGGACAGUUUAAAUAGAUUUCUCGAAAAUAAAAAAUUAACGAGAAAUAUUUUUUUUUUACAAUGUCUAAUAUGAAUAAUGAUCAAAAAAUAGUUCCAAAGCGUGAUUUGAGUGAUGAUGCAGAAGCUAUGAUCGAAGACAAUGAUGAUAUAACUCAACCUGAUACAAAAAGAAUUCGUGUCGGAACUUCGGCUAAUAGCUCUAGCGAUCUCUACCUAGACACUAUAAACCGUCAUAUGUUGGACUUUGAUUUCGAAAAGGUCUGCUCAGUUUCUUUAUCAAACUUAAAUGUAUAUGCGUGUUUGGUGUGUGGUAAAUACUUCCAAGGACGAGGACGUCAAUCUCACGCGUACUUCCAUAGCUUACAUGAGGAUCACCAUGUUUUCAUUAAUUUACAUACCCUUAAGGUAUAUGUUUUACCUGAUGGAUAUGAAGUCAAGGAUCCAUCAUUGAAUGAUAUUAGAUAUGUACUUCAUCCAACCUUUACAAAAGAACAAGUCGCGAAUUUGGAUCAAAAUAUAAGACAAUCAUACGAUUUAAAUAAUAAAAAAUACUUGCCAGGUUUUGUAGGCCUCAAUAAUGUAAAAGCUAAUGAUUAUGUUAAUGUCAUAAUACAAGCGCUGGCACACAUUCCACCGCUUCGGGAUUACUUCAUCUUACAAAAUCUCGAAACUAGAUCUCAAUUAGUGCAAAGAUUCAGUACUCUGGUUAGAAAAAUUUGGAAUCCUAAGGCAUUCAAAGGCCAAGUCAGUCCACACGAGUUACUUCAGGAAAUUGUUAACGCAAGUAACAAAAAAUUCAAACUUUCUGAACAAAGUGAUCCUCUUGAAUUUCUGUCUUGGUUUUUGAAUACAUUACACAAGGAUUUGGGUGGAAUCAAGAAACAAAAUUCAAGCAUAAUUCAUAGAAUAUUUCAAGGAGAAGUUAAAGUUGAAGAACAGUCGCUUAUUACAAAAGAAAAUGCCGAUGAAGAAGAUCGACUAUUAUUUGAUGUUGACAGGGAAAUUUCGGUCAAAAAAUUCCCUUUUCUUUUUUUGACAUUGGAUUUACCUGCGCCUCCUUUAUUUAAGGAUGAAGUUGAAAAGAAUAUUAUUCCUCAAGUUGCCUUGACAACGAUACUCGCUAAAUAUGACGGUCGUGCUGCUCAUGAGUCGGCCGGAACUUUGAAAAGGUUUCAAUUGACUCGAUUACCAAAUUAUAUCAUUUUUCAUAUCAAACGUUUUACUAAGAACAAUUGGUCUGAAGAGAAAAAUCCUACUAUUGUCAACUUCCCAAUCAAAAAUAUCGAUAUGAGCGAAUAUCUUGAAAAUCCAGAUGAAGAAAAAUUUAAUACUCAUUAUGAUUUAAUUGCGAACAUUUGUCACGAAGGUAAGCCGGGUAAAGGUAAUGGAAUUUAUAAAGUUCAUGUUCAACAUCGUGGAAAAGAUCAAUGGUAUCAAAUCCAAGAUUUAAUUGUCGAAGAAAUUAACGCACAAAUGAUCUUUUUAUCCGAAAGUUAUAUUCAGAUAUGGGAAAGAAAACAACAGGACUUAUAUUAAAAAAAUAAAUAAAUAAAUAAAAAUAAAAAAUUUUUGUAUCAAAGAUAGGUU